AUGGUGAACGACUCACUUCAACAUCUCUCUCUUAAUCCAUACAAAACCACUUUUCUUUUUCUUUUUUUCAUUUAUUAAUUUAUUUUCUCUCUCUAGCUCUCUCUCUCUCUCUCUAUUUUUUGAUUGGAGAGCUUCAAUUCAAGUAUUUCAAAAUUUCAGUGCUCUCUUUCUCUGUUCUUGAUGAUCGUCUUCUACUUCCUUUGUAUCAGAAUCACAGGAAAUUGAGCUUUGGCGAUUCUUAAGAAACUUCCGGAGGAAAAUUGAAAGAGAAAGUGAAAGAAAAUUUCAGACUCUGGGUAUGGUGAUUGUCUUUUGUCGCUAAGGAGUUGUUAGGGUGAUCGGAAAAUUGCAAGGAUGGGAAGAAAACGACGUGUGAAGGAUUCUAUCAAAUCCUUAUUUGGAAAUCAUAUUCAAGAAGAAAAAGAUGACAUGGAAGGAACUAAAUUGGAAAUGGAUGAUAAGAUGAGUCAAAUCUUAGAGCUUAUCAAAGAUGAAGAACAUGCUGCGGAUAAUGGCAGUAAUACUGAAGCAAAAACCAAAAAAGAACCACUUCAACUACUUGUCAAGGAUUUCCAUAAGCAGUACCAAUCACUAUAUGCACGUUAUGAUAAUUUGACUGGAGAGCUGAGGAAAAAAAUUCAUGGCAAAAAAGAAAAGGACAACUCUUCUUCUUCAUCUAGCUCAGAUUCUGACUCUGAUCAUACUUCAUCAAAAGAAAAAGGCAGCAAAAACGGACGAUUGGAAAGUGAACUACAUGAAAUAAUUGAUGGUGUUAAGCAAGAACUUGAAGCAUCACAAUUACAAGUUGCUGAAUUAAAGAAGAAAUUGGCUGCUACAACCGAAGAAAAGGAAGCUUUGAAUUCAGAGUACGUGAAAGCUUUGAGCAACAUACAAGAAGCUGAGAAAAUAGUUGUGGAGUUAAAGAGUGAAGCUGAGGAGCUAAAGGGUGAAAGAACACAGCUUCUUACUGAUAACAGAGAACUAAAGCAACAGCUUGAAGCUUCCCGUCAGUUAGAAGCUGAUCUCAGUAAAAAGCUAGAAGAGUCAGAGAAUGAGAAAAACAGCUUGAUCAAGGAGAAAGAAUCUUCAAUCAGAAUGAUUCAAGAGGGGGAACAGGUCGCAGCAGAAUUAAGAUCUUCGGCUGAUCAGCUAAACAGCGAGAAAUCAGCACUUGUGUUAGAACUGGAAGCUAUUAAAGAGGAAUUUCUCAAUGUUAAACAGCAAUUGCAAUCGACGGAACAGCAAGUCUCUGAUUUAAACAACACUCUGAAAGAUAGAGAGGAAGAGAACAGAUCUUUAACUUUGAAAAUAUCAGAGUUUUCGGAUGAGAUUCAAGUGUCACAGAACAAAGUGAAAGAACUUUUGGCUGAAGCGAUUCUGCUAAAGGAGACAUUAAGUGAGAGGGAAAGGGAAUACUCGACUCUCUCUGAGUUACAUGAGACGUAUGGGAGCAAAACAUCAGUUCAAAUUGAAGAAUUUGAGACACAAGUGACAUCCCUCAAACUUGAACUGGAUUCGUUGCAGGGUCAGAGAAAAGAUCUGGAAGAUCAGAUUGAAAGUAAAGAAGCUGAAUCGAAACAACUGAGAGAGGACAAUGUAACACUACAAGCUCAAAUCACAGAACUUUCAAAAGAGAGUCAGCAGGCCCAGGAUACUAUUAAAGAGCUACUGGCAGAAUCUAGUCAGUUAAAGGAGAAUUUUGGCGUGAAGGAAAGGGAAUAUUCAUCUCUGUCUGAGACACACGAGACACAUCGAAAUGAGACGUCAACUCGAAUAAAGGAGUUUGAUGAUCGAGUGGCAGCCUUGGAACUGGAGCUGCAGUCCAUUAAAGGGGAAAAAACAGAGCUGGAAGUUCAGAUUGGGAGUAAAGAAAAGGAAGCUAGCAAACUGGCAGAGGAAAAUGUAGGGCUCCAAGCUCAAAUCUCGGAACUUUCAAACGAGGUUCAGCAGGCUCAGGACACAAUAAAAGAAAUACUGACAGAAUCUGGUCAGUUAAAAGAGGUAUUUAGUGUUAAGGAAAGGGAAUACUUAACUCUGUCCGAGACACAUGAGACACAUCGGAAUGAAACAUCAACUCGAAUACAAGAAUUUGAGGCUCAAGUGGCAGAGCUGGAGCGUGAGCUGAAGUCCGUUGAAGGUCAAAAAAGAGAGCUGGAAGUGCAGAUUGAGAGCAAAGGAAACGAAGCUAGCAAACUGGCAGAGGACAAUGUAGGACUCCAAGCACAAAUCUCAGAACUUUCAAAUGAGGUUCAACAGGGUCAGAACACAAUAAAAGAGCUACUGGCAGAAUCUAGUCAGUUAAAGGAGGUGUUUGGUGUUAAGGAAAGGGAAUAUUCUACUCUCUCUGAGACCCACGAGACACAUCGAAAUGAAACAUCAAGUCGAAUAACAGAACUCGAGGCUCAAGUGGCAGACCUGGAACAGGAGCAGCAGUCCAUUGUAGGCCAAAAAACAGAGCUGGAAGUGCAGAUUGAGAGCAAGGAAAAUGAAGCUGGCAAACUGGCAGCAGACAAUGCAAGACUCCAAGCUCAAAUCUCAGAACUUUCAAAUGAGGUUCAGCAGGGUCAGAACACAAUAAAAGAGCUAUUGGCAGAAUCUAGUCAGUUAAAGGAGGUGUUUGUUGUUAAGGAAAGGGAAUAUUCUACUCUCUCUGAGACGCAUGAGACACAUCGAAAUGAAACAUCAAGUCGAAUAACAGAACUUGAGGCUCAAGUGGCAGACCUGGAACAAGAGCUGCAGUCCAUUGUAGGUCAAAAGAGAGAGCUGGAAGUGCAGAUUGAGAGCAAAGCAAAUGAAGCUAGCAAACUGGCAGAGGACAAUGCAAGCCUCCAAGCUCAAAUCUCAGAAUUUUCAAAUGAGGUUCAGCAGGGUCAGGACACAAUAAAAGAGCUACUGGCAGAAUCUAGUCAGUUGAAGGAGGUGUUUGGUGUUAAAGAAAGGGAGUAUUCCACUCUCUCUGAGACACAUGAGACACAUCGAAAUGAAACAUCUAGUCGAAUAAUAGAACUUGAGGCUCAAGUGGCAGACCUGGAACGGGAGCUGCAGUCCAUUGUAGGUAAAAAGGGAGAGCUGGAAGUGCAGAUUGAGAGCAAGGAAAAUGAAGCUAGCAAUCUGGCUGCAGAAAAUACAAGACUCCAAGCCCAAAUCUCAGAACUUUCAAAUGAGGUUCAGCAGGGUCAGGACACAAUAAAAGAGCUAUUGGCAGAGUCUGGUCAGUUAAAGGAGGUAUUUAGUGUUAAGGAAAGGGAAUACUCAUCUCUCUCUGAAACACAUGAGACACAUCGAAAUGAAACAUCAUCCAAGCUAAAGGAACUUGAGGCUCAAGUGACAGCCAUGGAACUGGAGCUGCAGUCCAUUAAAAAUCAAAAGAGAGAGCUGGAAGUGCAGAUUGAAAGCAAAGAAGCAGAAGCUAGCAAACUGGUUGAGGACAAUGUAGGACUCCAAGCCCAAAUCUCAGGACUUUCAAUUGAGGUUCAGCAGGCUCAGGACACAAUAAAAGAGCUAUUGGCGGAAUCUAGUCAGUUGAAAGAGGUAUUUAGUGUGAAGGAAAGGGAACAUUCAACUCUCUCUGAGACGCAUGAGACACAUCGGAAUGAAACAUCAACUCGUAUACAGGAACUAGAGGCAAAAGUCUCAGGCCUGGAACUAGAGCUGCAGAGUAAAGAAACUGAUGCAACACAACUGAGAGAGGAAAAUGUAGUGCUACAAGCCCAAAUUUCAGCACUUUCAAGUGAGAUCCAACAAGCUCAGGACAAAAUAAAAGAACUAGAGGCAGAAUCUAGUCAGCUGAAGGAGGAAUGUGGUGUGAAGGAAAGGGAAUACUCAACUCUUUCAGAGACUCAUGACACGCAUCGGAAUGAAACAUUGGCUCGAAUUAAGGAACUAGAGGCACAAGUGACAGGCCUGGAACUGGAGCUGCAGAAUAAAGAGACUGAUGCAACACAACUGAGAGAAGAAAAUGUAGCAUUACAAGCUCAGAUUACAGGACUUUCAAAUGAAAUUCAACAGGCCCAGGAAAAAAUUAAAGAAGUAGUGGCAGAAUCAAGUCAGCUGAAGGAGGAAUGUGGUGUGAAACAAAGGGAAUAUUUAACUCUGUCAGAGACUCAUGACACUCAUCGAAAUGAGACUUUGAAUAGAAUUAAGGAGUUGGAGGCACAGGUGGCAGGUCUAGUUAUUGAGCUCGAAUCCGUGAAAAGUCAGAAAAGCGAUGCUGAUAUGCAGAUAGAGAGUAAAGAAACUGAAGCAAAGCAACUAAGAGAGGACAAUGAGAAGCAGCAGGUCCAAAUUUCAGAAAUUUCAAAUGAAAUCCAACAGGCACAGGAGAGAAUUGAAGUACUGUCAGUUGAAAAGAAUCAAUUGGAAGAGAAAUUGGGUGAAAAGGAAAGGGAGUAUUCAAGUCUCUCUGAGAAGCACGAGUUACACGGAAAUGAAAAAUCAGCUCAAAUUAAAGAAUUGGAGGCUCAGGUGACACGCCUGGAACUGGAGCUGGAAACUGUGAGAGGUGAAAACAGAGAUUUGGAAGUGAAGAUAGAGAGUAAGGAAGCUGAAGCAACUCAACUUAGAGAUGGAAAUAUGGAGCUGCAAUCUCAAAUUUCGAAACUGGAGUCGAUGUCGAAUGAGAGAGAAGAUGAGCUCUUAACUCUCACGAAGAAACUUGAGGACAACAACAAUGAAUCAACGUCUAGAACAGCAGAUUUGACAACACAGAUCAAUAAUCUGCUAACAGAUAUGGAUUCUUUGCGUGCUCAUAAAGUUGAACUGGAACAGCAGAUCCUAUGUAAAGGUGAUGAAGCAUCAAUUCAAGUCACUGGAUUAUUGGAUCAGGUGAAUUCAUUGCAGAAAGAACUGGAAUCCCUCCACAGGCAGAAAAGCGAUUUGGCAUCGGAACUCGAGAGCAAGACUCAAGAGAUAUCAGAGUUUUUGAUACAGAUACAAAAUUUGAAAGAAGAGAUCACAAGCAAGAGUCUGGAUCAGCAGAGAAUUUUGGAAGAGAAAGAAGGUUUAAUUGCUGAAAGUCAGAAUUUGGAGGUGAAGAUUGAAUCAGUUCGGAAACAGAAUGAUGAAAUUGAGGAGCAAGUAAGAAGCAAAAUCCAUGAGAAUGGUGAGUUGAGAGAACAACUCGUGGGGCUAAAGGACAGAAUUUCGGAAUUGGAGACAACUUUGGCUGAGAAAGAGAAUGAAGCUUCAGCUCAGAUAACAGCCUUGACAGCCCAAAUUAGUGAUCUGCAAAAGGAGUUGGAUUCUGUCCAAGCUCACAAGCAAGAGCUUUCAGAAAGAUUAACCGAAAUGGAGAAUCACAAGCUCGAAUUAUCGAGCUCAAUCGCGGAACACCAGAGGAUGCUGAAAGAAAGAGAAGAAUCACAUAACAAUUUGAAGGAGGAACACACUCAAGUCCAUGGUUGGUUUCAUGAUUGCAAAGCAAAACUUGAAGUUGCAGAAAGGAAGAUUGAAACAAUGGCGGAAGAGUUCAGUCAAAAAUUCGAAUCCAAAGAUGAAAGAGUAGUUGAUAUGGAAAUGAUGAUUGAAGACUUGAGAGGAGAAUUGGAAGUUAAAGAAGAUGAACAUCGUACUUUACAAGAUAACAUUAGAAACAUCGAAGUCAAGCUACGUCUCUCAAACCAAAAACUCAGAAUCACAGAACAGUUAUUAACUGAAAAAGAAGAGAGUUUCAGAAAUGCAGAAAAGAAAUAUCUUGAAGAGAAGAAAGAACUUGAAGAAAGAGUAUCUACAUUGUCCAAAGCCAUAACAGCUCAUCAAACAAUGAUCAAAGAAAUAUCCGAGAAAGCAAACAACACCAUGAUUGGACUCCAAACAGUGAUACAUAAAUUCGAAGAGGAAUACAAAACCCAUCUUGAAUCAAUCUCAGUAGUGUCGUACGACGUUGAUUUGGCAAAGAAUUGGAUCAGAGAAACAAACGAAGAAAAGGAGAAGCUGAAGAAGGAAGUGAAUUACCUUAGUAGGCAACUUCAAGAGUCGAAACGACAAGAGUUGGAGUUAUCAAACAAGGUGGAGAAAUUAGAGGUAAUAAAGAUAAAGGGAGAAAGAGAAAAGGAGAAUUUGGUUAGUAAAGUGGGAGAGUUAGAGAAAAUGAUGGAAGAGAAAAACAAAGGAAUUAUGGGUUUGGGAGAAGAGAAGAGAGAAGCCAUAAGACAACUCUGUGUUUGGAUUGAUUAUCAUAGAAGCAGAUAUGAUUAUCUCAAGGAAGCUAUGUCCAAAACGACGACGUUGAGAGGCCAAAGGGCAGCCUAGUUGAUUGGUGGUUGGUUCUCUCUUAUGUUAAUUCAUUCUUGGUAAAUUUUUAUUAUUAUGUUGCUAUAAAUGCUUGCUUGCUUGGGUUGUUUUCUAUUGUUUCAAUUUUUUUUUACCUCUUUUUCAAGUUGAAAGUCGAAAGAGAAGUCAGUCAGUGUGGUUUUGUGUAAAUUUUUAGAACUAGUAAGGAAACAAAACAAAAAAACCUCAUAUCAUAUCAUAUUUUAUAUAUAUGGAUGGGUUUGUUUCAAAUUUUGCUUUGCUAGUUUUGGUUAUGGCUAAUAAGACUACUACUGUUUCUACUGUACUUGAUGUUAAUAAAUUUUUUGUUUUGUUA